AGGUCUCGUCCUACUCCCUCAGUCGGCUUCUGCUCUCUGACCAGGUGGGCCAGAAACUGACGCACGCCAGCCAGUAGAGAGGCUUACAAGACCCGCUUGCAUAGAAGCACGGAGGACGGAGAACGGACGACUAGGGCCAUUUCGGAGGCCGGUCGCGCUUCGGAGAGACGAGAACAGUGCGGCCUGUGCUAUGAAGACCAGGCGAGGAGCCAGGACGACGCAGAGGAGCUGCCCGGAGCUGGCGGAUUGAGAAGGAUCGCCAGAGGCGCACAGAGAACCAUCCGAGUGCAGGGGGCUCGCGCGGAGCAGGGUCCACAUACCGGCAUACACGACGGGCAGUCCGACGAGCGCGUCUCGUGCGGCUGCGGCAGGGGCGGAGGCGACGGCGAGGCUACGGUGAUCCCAGCCGUGGGCGCAGAAGCGCUGAGAAAGAGCCGUCCAGCCGGCCAGUCCAGCCGAUCUAGCAAGUCCAGCAGCAAACGGACUGAGAUCGAGAGAGAGCCAACUCGCUCGAGGCAGAGAUCGAGGCGUCCGAGCGCAGCGGAAACCGAGCGGCCGAAACAGUCGGCGCAGCAGCAGGCAGGCGGUUUCGGCGUCCUUACGGGCCCUUACGACUCGAGCCAGCGGCGCGAGUAGCGGCGAAACAUGAUCGACCCGAGCUCCUCGGAGGACGAGGACAUCGAGGAGGACCGAAGCGUCCACCAGGGCGCCGGUGGCAGGGGUCGUGGCGGUCCGCCCCAAGGGGCGGCGGUCGCAGCAGUCGGCCACGGCGCCCGCUACCAUAGCUCUAGUGGGGGCGGGGGUCCCGCCGGGGGGUCGAUCGGGCCAGGGGGCUACGGCGCCGGCGGAGUUGCGGGCCCCGGAGGUCUGGGCUCGACGGCGGGAGGCUCGCCGGGUCCAGGGGCCCUGGCCGCCGGCGUCGGGCCCCACGGACGCAGGGGCGCCAAACCCGGCCUGUCGGCCAGCAGCGAGCUCGACGGCCCGGCUGGUCAGCCGGGCCUCGACGUGCCCGGCGCCAACCACAUGGCCGGCAGCGCCAGAAACUCCCUCUCGCCCUCGAUGAGCGCUCACCAGGACGCCGCCAGCUACGGCAAGGGCCAGCGGCCCACGAGCCCGUCGCCGUCCGUCGCCAGCGAGAAGACCGAGCAGGAGCUGCAGGACAAGCAGGAGCGCGAGGAGGAGGAGCGAAAGAUGAGGAUACAGCUGUACGUGUUCAUCACGAGGUGCAUCGCCUACCCGUUCAACGCCAAGCAGCCGGCGGACAUGCAGAAGCGGCACUUGAAGAUCACGAAGCAGCAGCUGGAGACUCUGUGUUCUCGCUUUCAGAGCUUUUUGAAGGGCGAGACGCAGAUCAUGGCGGACGAGGCCUUCCACAACGCGAUCCAGAACUACUACGAAGUCUUUCUGAAGUCGGAUCGCGUUGUGCGCAUGGUGCAAAGCGGGGCUUGCUCGCAGCAGGACUUCCGCGACGUGUUCAGGAACAAUAUCGAGAAGCGUGUUCGAAGCCUCCCGGAAAUCGACGGUCUCAGCAAGGAGACGGUGCUGGCCUCGUGGCUGGCCAAGUUCGACUGUAUCUUCAAGGGUACAGGCGACGAGGACACCAAGAGGCCAUCGCGCAUGCAGCAGCAGUCGCUCAACUCCGAGCUGAUACUGUCGAAGGAACAGCUCUACGAUAUGUUCCAGCAGAUACUUGGCGUGAAGAAGCACGAGCAUUCGAUCCUGUUCGGCGCCCUCAUGCUGGACUCAUCCGACGAGCAGGCUGCGGCCAUCAGGAGGGAGCUGGACGGACGCGUCCAGAAAGUAAACGAAAUGGAGAAGAAUCGCAAGCUCAUGCCGAAGUUUCUCCUCAAGGAGAUGGAGUCGCUUUAUAUCGAGGAACUCAAGUCGUCUAUCAACCAGCUGAUGGUAAACUUGGAGGCGCUGCCCGUCUCCAAGGGUUCGAUAGACGGCAAGUACGGGUUGCAGAAGCUGAAGCGUUACAACCACCGUAGCGAUCGCUCCCGCCCCCGUAAUCAGAGUUCCCUCGCAAACGACUCCGCCGACUCGGAGCCCCAGCUGACGAAAAUGGACGUGGCCCUCUCGUUUCCGCUAGAGGUCGUCGUCAUGGAAGUCAAGGGGCUAAAGAGUCUCGCGCCCAACCGUAUCGUUUACUGCACCAUGGAGGUCGAGGGCGGCGCCAAGCUGCAAACCGACCAGGCCGAGGCGUCCAAGCCGAUGUGGGACACGCAGGGCGACUUCACCACGAUGUACCCGCUGCCGGUGGUGAAGAUCCGCCUCUACACCGAGAACCCGGCCAUUCUCGCGCUCGAGGACAAGGAGCUCGGCAAGGUCGUGCUCAGGCCGACGCCCCAGGCCUCCUCGAACAAGGGGCCCGAGCUCCACCGCAUGACCGUGCCCCGCAGCUGUCCCGACCAGGAUCUCUACAUCAAGAUCGCCUGUCGCAUGGAGAAGCCGCUCAACCUCAAGAACUGCGGCUACCUCUACGCCGUCGGCAAGUCCGUGUGGAAGAAGUGGAAGCGGCGCUUUUUUGUUUUGGUCCAAGUCUCACAGUACACCUUUGCGAUGUGCUCGUACAAAGAAAAGAAAAGCGAGCCGUCGGAAAUGAUGCAGCUGGACGGCUAUACAGUGGACUAUAUAGAGCCCGCUUCCGCUAACGUAAUGGCCGGCAUGGACUUGCAAGGCGGCAAGUGCUUCUUCAACGCCGUCCGGGAAGGAGACAACAUCGUCUUCGCCUCGGACGACGGGCCGGACUGCAGCCAGUGGGUGCUGGCGAUGUACCGGGCGACCGGCCAGUCGAACAAGCCCGUGGCGCCCGUGUCGCUCAUCAGCAGCAAGAGCGCCGGCCCGAGCAAGAGCACCAGCGACAGCGACAAGCCCAAGCACCACGGCAUGGAGGACUACGUCAGCGCGGAUCCCUGCAAGUACGACCACGCGAGCCUCUUCAAGACCCUGCAGACCCUCACGCUCGACUACAGACUGAACGACCCCUACUGCUCUCUCGGAUGGUUCUCACCUGGUCAGCUUUUCGUGCUCGACGAGUACUGCGCCAGAUACGGGGUGCGCGGUUGCUACCGGCACCUCUGCUACCUCAGCGACCUGCUCGACCGAGCGAAGCGCGGCGUCAUGAUCGACCCGAAGCUCAUCCACAUCAGCUUCGCCUUCUGCGCGAGCCACAUCUACGGCAGCAAGUCCGACGGAGUGGUCUCCAUCACGCACGAGGAGCGGGACAAGUUCCAGGACGUGAAGGAGCGCCUGAGGCAACUGCUCGAGGAGCAGAUAACCAACUUCAGGUUCAGCUUCCCGUUCGGCCGGCCCGACGGCGCGCUGCGCGGCACUCUCUCGCUGCUGGAAGGCGUGCUGAUGAAGGACAUGGUGACGCCGGUCCCGCCCGAGGAGGUCCGGGGCAUGAUCAAGAACUGCCUGGAGAUCGCGGCCCACGUGAACUACGAGAAGCUCGCCGCUGAGGCUAAGGUCGGCCAAGAUCUCGACGAAGAUGUUCCUCCCAGCAAAAAGCUGGAGGAUCUCGUGCAUCUCGCUACGAUUUGCGUCGAUUUGCUCCAGCAAAACGAAGAACAUUAUUCGGAGGUAGCGUUCGCCUGGUUUAGCGACCUCCUGGUGGAGCACGCCGAGAUCUUCUGGGCGCUCUUCGCCGCCGACAUGGACAAAGUCCUGGAGGAGCAACCGCCCGACACCUGGGACAGCUUUCCGCUCUUCCAGGUGCUCAACGACUACCUCAGGGUCGACGACAACCUGAGGGACGGGCGCUUCCACCAGCUGCUGCGCGAAAAGUUCGCCCCGUUGGUGCUUAGAUACGUGCACCUGAUGGAGACCUCGAUCGACCAGUCCAUCCACAAGGGCUUCGAGAAAGAGCGCUGGGAGAUCAAGGACAACGGCUGCGCCACCUCGGUCGACCUCUUCUGGAAGCUCGACGCCCUGCAGACCUUCAUCAGCGGGCUGCACUGGCCGGACCAGGAGUUCCGCACCCACCUCGAGCAGCGGCUCAAGCUCAUGGCCUGCGACAUGAUCGAGGCCUGCAUCCAGAAGACCGACGCGGCCUUCCAGCAGUGGCUCAAGAAGGGCGUCACCUUCAGCUCGACCGACUACAUCAUCCCCUCGGAAAUGUGCGCUAUGGUUAACGUGAUUCUGGAUGCGAAGAAUCAGAGUUUUAAGCUUUGCACUAUCGAUGGGGUCGACGUGCACCAGUACCACGCGAAGAUCGACGACAUGAUCGAGAAGACCCUGGCCGCCAUGUCCCAAGGGAUGAUUAACAAGCUCGUCAGCAUCCUGGAGGCCACGCUGUCGAAGCUUUCGCGCUACGACGAGGGAUCUCUCAUCGGCUCGCUCCUCAGUUUCGCGAAGGUGUCCGGAAGCGGCAAGGAGAUGGGCCAGGCUUACGUGAGCUUCACGCGGAACAGCACCGAGCAGAUUCGCAGCAAAGUCAUCGACGAGCUCUGGAUUCUCAACUUUUUCGAGCAAUGGUACACAGCACAGAUCCAGUUGCUGUGCAACUGGCUGACCGAGCGGAUGGACCACAGUCUGCACCUGUAUCAGUGCACUUGCCUCGCUCACAUUGUAAAAAAGGUCUACUCGGACUUCGAGCUUCAGGGAGUCAUGGAGGACAAACUCAACUCGAAGACAUAUCAGACUGUAUCGCAGAGAAUGCAGACGGAAGAAGCAACUUGUGCCUUAACCAUGAGCUCUCAUAACGAAGAAGGACUGUCGGAGAACGGCAACGACGACGAUGUGGAGAGGCCCAAGACGAAGGUGACAAUAGUCGAGAACAUAACGGGCGAGGAUGGCAUAAGCAUCAGCAACGUCACGUCGAACGUAGCUAGCCGAGUUGGUAGCAUGUUCGAGAAAGGCCUUGGCGGCCUUUCUACGAAGUUUGGCGGGGCCACCAGCUGGUUCUAGACAGAUUCAUUUCUAGUGAUCCGGUUUCGCUGUAUUGACAACAACAACAACAACCACAACAACGAGAGAGGCAAGAGAACGGAUUAGCGAAAAAAACGCAGAGAAAUAUUAGAGAGAAAGAUCAGUAUAUUUACCUAGAACGUUCCUUUGCAUUCACUCGUCUUAUAACGGAAAGAUUAAGAGAAAAACAAAGAAAAAAAAAGAAGUAAUAAUUAUAUAUAAGUAAGUUUCGGCAGAUGACACCAAGGUGUUAUAUAGCAAAUAAACUUAGAACUUAUAUCUCGAGAGAAAAAAAAAUGAAAAAAUCCGUCGUAGGAUUUCGUUGAUCAUAGCCACGAACGACGAGAAUUGGAUACACAUCAGACAUAGACCCACACACAUACAGCGAGAGACAGCCCCACGUGUAAGAAUCAGUGAGGAAUGCGAAUCUCGACGUUCGUUUGUUGAUAAAAAAUGCAGUUAUAAAUACGAAUAUAAAGAUAAAGAGAUAUAUGUAACACGGUCGAUCGUUGAUUAUUAGUUGACGCUUGUGUCGUUCCGUUUGUGUACGUUCGGAGUCUUUGCCGUUCUCGCGACAGUCGCCGCCGCGACGGGGCGCUCGCAGUCAGACAGGGAUAUAACACUGCAGGCACACGACACAGCAUACACGAUGACAAAAUGGAGCCGACGGCGGAGCGAGCGAGCGAAGACAAAAUGGCGCUUGAAAGUAUUUCCUCUCUUGUAAAUGCGUCAGCGGACGAACGAAUCGCUUCUGCGGAUAUACGAUAUAUGUGUAUGUUAUGUAAUUCAAACAAAAAAAAAUAAUAAUAAUAAUGCAAGGCUAUUUAGAUACAUAAUCGAUGGUAAUGGGAUCGCGCGCUCGCGGGGUACGAAGGUGAGAGCAAACCAGAAGUGAGAUAAAUAAGCAGAGUAUAUAAGCAAGUAAACAAUUGAGUGUAUGUACGUGUAUAUCAAAACGUAACUGAGCAAACAAAAUUCUUAUUUAGCGUAUUUAUCGAUCUAUUGGUUUACCAUUUGAACGAUGAGCGUCGCUUCAUUCCUAAAGUCGUAUAUGGUAUACGCGAGCGUAUCGUUGAAAUAUUGUUGUUUAUCCAUACGUACGAUUCGUUCGAGUGAUAGGAGAUGAUUGGAGAAAAUGAAGGGUGGAUUGAAAAAUAAAUGAUCUCGUAUCGUUUUCUAUACUUUCUUUUUUCGAAUUACACACACAGAAACACAGAUAUAGGUACCGGUAGUUCUGCGCUCGCAACUUUCUGCUAUGCUUGAGGAGGAUUGCUUAUUCCUCCCGUUAUAUUAGAAUUUACAUCGUCGCUCUCUUCUGCUGAAUCGCGUACGAGCGUAAGCCGGCCAAUACGUGAGUUUAAGACUCCGCGUGAUAGUAACAUGUAACUUCGCGUAAUUCCACGAUGAAUAAAGUCGCGAGACGAUAGAGGAGGGGUAGUUUCUUCUUUUUUCGCUUUUGUUUCCGAUCAAAUCGUUGACUUCCUAAUUAUGUACGCGGUAGAGAGCUGGUGAGCGCGGAUAAUUUAGCCGAUGUAUUCGUUCGUGGAACCAACUGAUCGUUCGGAUUAUAUUUCGGUGCGAGACACGGGGUACGUAUACAUAUAUAGUUGUGGUAAUUUUUUACGCAAUAAUAAUAAUAAAAAAAAGCAAGUAAAGCCUCUAGGCAGCUUUCGUCAUAAAGGAUAAAAUGUAAUAAAACUAUGAAGCAGAAAAAAAAGGUUGACACGAUUUUCAGGUUCCAAUCCGUCUAUAUACAUUACAUAACUUAAAUUAACGCGUACGUAUGUUACAUUGAUAUUUAAAGUUGGUGGUACGUAAUAAUAAUAAUAAUAAUGGUAAUAUAGGAGUAUUUAACGAUAACAGUUAUGAUAUAACGGUAAUCUCGUAAAUAUAUAAUAGAAGGGCAUAGCAGAAACGAACGAAGCGCCACGUACGAAUUUUUCUUAAAGGAAUCAUAUGUAAUAAAUAUAUAAAUAUUGUAAAACGCAGGUUGCAAGAAAAAUGUGCAAAAAAACAAACCAUUAUUAGUUAGCGUUUAGAUAUGCAGCGGAAGCUCGUGUCGAUCGAAGACUAUAAAACGAAAAAAACGGUCGGUGCCUUUAUAAAUUUUGUCAUGAUAAUAAGAGAAUAGAAAAAAUAAUAAUAAUAAAAUUUUAAGUAUAUCGACGACGUGAAGGAAGAUUAUCAAGUAAACGCACGACAAAUUAUCAGUCUCACUGACGACCAUAUUCGUACUUUACCUAAUCUCUCUACGUUCAUAGACAAACGCAACAAUAUGAUACUCUUUGAUUUUUUUUCCUCUUCCUUACCGAUAUGAUUCCGAAGUAAGACGUGUAUGUACAAGAAGAAAAUGCACCGUAGAUGAACGAAUUUGCCAUUGCAAUACAUACCGACAAUAGGACGAGCACACACACACAUAUAUAUAAUAUAACGAUCGGACGUUUCUCCAGGCACUGAAUCCUUUCGCUUUUACAGUCUUCCCCCACUCCAACGCACUGCACUGCGACGCGUCCUCUCUAUGAACUCGCGUGGCACUUAUUGCGAUCUAUACCAAAGUUCUCUCUGGGGCAUGGACUGGCGAUAUCAACAAUAAGUUGAGAAAACGCGUUGCAUCGCGUGUACAUACACCCAUAUUUAUAGAGUCGAGCUGUACAAGGACACUCGUCUCUGCACUUGCACACUUUUCUUCUGAGCCUUUGUCACUUCUCGAAUAUCUGCUAAUUUCAUCGUUACUUGGAUCCAUGUCAACAGACUUGCUAUACGAUACACUUUGUUUAUCUGUUUUCCUGUAUCAUUAGAGUAACGCAUAGCAGUCCUUGAAGAAAAACGUACGAUGUAAAACGAUGUCCAGAAGCGAAUCUCGCGGAGUAUAUAAAACGACGUGUAAGAUAAAAGCGAGCUCGCAAAGAUGAGUAAUUUAAAAAAAAAAAAAAAGAAGUAAAAAAAGUAUAUAAAGGAAUAGGUGUAGAAGAAGCGUCUCGUAGCCUGUGUCGAGCGAAACGGAUUUGUCGUCGCGAUCGAGAGCUGAAGUGCGAGAGAAUCAGAGCGACGUGUAAAUAUUUUUAGUAGAGCAGGCAGAGUAAAGUGUUAUAGGUGAAUAAAAAAGAGAGCGCGGAUAGGAGUUUUGUAUAGAGGAUUAUAAGAAAAGAAAUGAAAAAUUAUCGCGCCGAGGUGUUGCGCACUGCGCGGCCCAGAGUUCGCGACCGCUUUUUGGCCUACGCUCCUCUCGAUCCUAUAGAUUAUAGACCUGUAGCAAGUCCCUGUGAUCCUUGCCUCUCUGCGAGGGAGAGGAGAGCUUUGAUUGUUAAUCUCUCCGGCGCGGAGAAGAGAGAGAGAGAGAGAGAGAACUGUCGUCGGACGUCGCGACGCGCACUUGUCUUCACUUUGUCUCUUCUCCCGCGCGCCCCUGUAGCGCAAACGUGUAUAUCGACGAAAAAAAGAAUCCGCUUUGCGACGUGCAGCGCUAGCCACACUUCUGCGAAACUCUCAAUCAACCGUGCUGUGCUAUUAUUGAAAGGAUGCGAUUAUGGCGAAACGAUGCAAGAGGUAGCGUUUUAGGGAGAGAAAGAGAGAACAAAAAAAUCGGUAUUAAGCUCAGUGACUGUCCUGUAUAAAACGAGGAAGCGGCGACGGGAGAAGCGCUUUUCAGGUGUAAUAUCGGAAUUUUCUUGAACGUUGACGAUCGCAAUACUAUUCGUGUAUAUUCUCAAUAAAAAGUUCAACUUUUAACCAGUAACGAGGACGGCGAGCAUUCGUUCGAGGAAGUCUCUUUCAAGUUUCUAUGUAUAUCUAUAAUAGGUCGUAGUAGGUUCGUAGAAUGGAUAGAAAUUGAAAUAGAUUGCCAUCACUUUUACAAUCGACUAUAUUAUAUUUUCAAACGUAAUUAUCAUCCAAGUUACGAUCGUCAAUAUAGAUAGUUUGCAAAUUUAAAUGCGGGAAGAUGAAAAGUAAAAGUAAAACUAAUAACGGAUUUAAAAGCGAUUUUCUUCGUCAAGCUUCGAGUAAACAAUAUAGGUGUAACAAAAUAGCUCGCCCUUAUCACAAAAUGGACCAUAUCUGAGAAACGGCUUCAUUGCGUCGUCGGGAUAGGCACGUGACGAUGAGGAAAAAUAUAUAUAUUCUUUCGAAAUUAUAAUGUUUGUACGAACGUUAAAUUUUGCUAAAAAAUAAUCGAGCGCGCGGCGAGAGGGAUAGCCACGCGUAUAAACACUAACACAGACACAGCCACAAAGCCGAGUACAUAUCAUUUUUUAGAGCUAAAUAAUUAACGUUUGUAAAAUAUACAAUGUACAACAAUCUCUAGAGGGAGGAUCGCGAUCAAUAAGGGCUAGACACGAGUGCUGAUAUAUCCGGCUCGAGAUAUAAAUAUAUAUAUUUUGUUACUUAUGAAUUUAUAUAUCGUGACGAGGGCUAUACCUUCGACUCGACGAACCGAUGAAGAAUUUUCUCGGGUGAAAGGCGAGACUCGCUGAGAACCCAUACAUCACAUAUUAUAUCGAACUGCAAUUUGAUUGAGACGCAAGUCGGCGGGGAGAGUGCGAGAAAGUAAGGAUUAAGUAUGAGACGUAUGGUCCUCAUUAUGAGCUUUUCUACACUACUACUAUAUUUUCGCACGUGCAUCACUAUAUUAUAUUACAGAAUGUAGACGCCCCUUAUUCCGACGAAGCAUGAUGGCGGUGAUGAUGAUGAUGAUGAUGACGAUGUAAAAGUAUAUAAUCAGGAUAUGUGCAUUAUAUAUAAAUAUAUAUCAUUUGUACCUCUAUCGUCGUUGUGUGAACAAAAGCAGAACGUAAAUGAUAAAGUAAACGAUAAAAAAAUAAAACUAAAGUUCUCCGGAGAUUAAAAUAAAAAUAAAAAACAAACGUAUUUUCGAGUCCGCUACAGUGUAUAGUUACUUUCGAUCUACAUUAUAUAUUCUUCGAGGCAAUAUUCACACACUACCUUGUUCGUAAAUUUAAUAGCUGCGACGUUUUUAUUAACGACGAUGACGAAUAAAAAAACAAAGAAUUACGAGAGACCCUUUUCCAGACUUCGAUUUCUCGCACUCGCGGAUAAUCGAAAUAAAAGAACGCGUUACUCUUAAGACGAGGCUCCGAUCGCUCCCUCGGACUCGCGGCCGGCGCCGAAAGGAAUAAGUAUAUAAUAAAAGUGAAUAAUAAGCGCGCCGUCCGCGAGCCGCAGCGACGCUCGGGUGCCGCAUCGGCCUCUUAGCGCCUUAACGCCCUCUGUAUAUUUGCGAAGAUUGCGAGUUUGAGAAAGAAAGAAAGUAUAAGCAGGAUGUAAUAACUGUGCCACAAUGCGCCGCUCCUAUACUUACUACUAUGUACGUGCACUACGAGAUUUACCUUAUGUAUUGUUGCGAAGAACGACCGUUUUGCUGCGCUGUUAUAUAAUAUUAGUCGAGCGGUAGAAUCGAGGCGCUCUGCGACCGACGCGUCCUGUAUGUGUAUAUAAUAAUUAUACGAGAGAGACAUCGUCGUCGCGUUACAUCGUUGCUUUUGGUUUUCGGAUGCUACGCGUAUAUUUUCUACGCCCGUGGAUGAGAGAGUUACGCCGCGCAAUAAGGGGGUUAUACGUUCUCUACCUUGCCGGUCGCUCCGCCGGUAAAGCAGACGCUCUCGAGAUCUCUUCUGCUGGCUGGCCCCCUUUUUGAAAUACUAGCUAUAGCUGUCAUAGCUGAACUACUCACGUUUUUUAUCCUAAUAACUACGAUAACUAUUCUCAGAUUUCUCUAGAAAACUCUAGCAUACUAACGAUAUCUACGAAAUAAUUAUAUCUAUAUUCUUGAAAUUUUCGCAUCCUUUCGUAUAGUCUUACUUUCUCUAUAUGAUACAUUCGAUUGGAAAGCCGUGAGUCGAAACAAAAAACGGGAAUACGGAUAUAAAUAGACGAUAUUUUUGCACCAAAAUAAAGUACGAGAAACCGUGAGUAAAUAAUGGCGAAUAACUCUAGCACAUAGAGUUGCAUUGCGUUACGAUUCUACUGCGUGAUAUGCUGCGGCGACGAGACACGGCGAGCGAUUUUGCGAAAGAGCGUGUGAGUAGCGUAAAAAACGAAAGAUAAUCGAAUUGCUAUCUAUAAGUUAAACGACGUUGUACCUAUUAACAAAAUGAUAAGUAAUCUAAACCUAUGAUGACUAUCCAUGCCAUCAUUAUUAUUAUUAACAUUAUUAUAUUCUUACUAUUGGUAAAGAAAAACUCUUGUAAUCUAUCAUAGGACUACCUACUAUUUAGAGCAGUAAAAAUUGCACAUAAUGAUAUUUUUCUGCUCCGGUCAUAUGCUAUUUGUGCACAUGUAAAAGGGAUACGACAAACACACACUUCGACGAUGAAGAAGAAAGAACUAACGAAAAACGCCGACGAGUAAAAACAAAUCUAUUCUAUCUCCACUUAAGUAACGAGCAAAAACGAUAAAAAUGAAAGAUUAUAAAAAAAAUAGUAUAGAAUGUAUACCGUCUCUUCUUCUUCUACUCAUACGUUACGUUGGCGAGACUACAUUCCGACAUUUUUACUAUAAAUAGACGAUGUUCUAGCGGAUUUAUCUCUUAUCUAUUAUUCUGAAGAAAAAAAACACUCACGACAUUGAAACUAUUGUUCUCUCGUUCUAAUAAUGAUAAUAAUAAACAAACACAGAAACUGUCGAAUCGCCUCCAGAACGAUAACUUAUCUGAAUUUCGAGUUUUCAUCUUCUUUCAAGGGAGCACAUGCGAGCUCCCCCUAUAUAGGUAUACUUAUAAUAUUCUUCUCUCUUGCCUUUUUGUUUUCGGUUAUUCUUAUACACGCGCGACUCUAUGGUCUCGCGUUUGCUCCCUAUACUUAUAUAGAAACUCUAGGUUAUUACUUACGUAUGAUGUGUAUUAUAGACGAAAUCAACUUUGUUUCACGUGCUUUCGCCGCAAUAUAUAUAUAUAUAUAUAUAUAUAUAUAUAUAUAUAUAUAUAUAUUAUAUGAGUAUGAAUGUUCCGUAGCGAAAAGAGUAAGCGAGAGAUCGCACAUGUAGAAGAGCGUGUACAGAGAAAUAGCGAGAGCGAGAAAAAGCAAAACAAAAACACGUGCGUUGUAAAAAGGGUUCAGUGAUAAUACACAAUCGAGAGAGAAAGAGAAAAAUUAACCUACGACUAACAGAAACAAAUAAAUAAGAAAAAAAAUAAUAAUAUUAACGACAGAGGUUAACGACGCUAAGCAGACGAAGUUGUGAGAAGGUUUAUUUAUUUCAACGGACACGCGCGUUGAUUCAUUUUCAUUGUGCAAUUUAAUAACGACGGUUACGUUGUGUAAAUAAAUUACAUUUAAAACAUGAA